AUCUGAAAUUGUACUUUCGAUUUGUCUAGGGCAUCACCAGUCAAUCGCUGGGAAAACCGAUGUAUUGCGUUGAAGAAAGCUGGCCUGAAAGCACUCAGUAACGCAAUUGUUACUAGACAACAGGUAAGAGGGGCCAGAGUCCACCUGUCAAUAACAGCCCAAGCCCAUGGUGCUAGAGUGGACUCAGCACUCAGAAGACGGCUCAAUACGAACAAGGUUAAGUUGCAGGAUCUUUACUGGCAAAAGGAAGAGGCUGUUAGAGAUUACAAAUCAUUGUCUGAAGAGCAGACGGCUACAGAACAGAAUCUCAUAGAAACUAUGGAGCAGGAGCGUGUUAUAGAAGCCAGGCUCGCCGACCGCACCCUGAGGCCGGUUGGUGAGCUCACCAAGGAUGAAGUGGAUAGAAAGCUGCGAGAUGAGCUCGGUAGACUGCGGAGCUUCAGCAAGGAACUGAGGACAACCCAUGAUAGGAUAAGUUCCCUCCAGUGCAACCUGACUGACAGCAUGGCCCGUCUGGACAACUAUGCCGAGGAUAUUAUAAAGGUAGUCCGUUUAGAUGAAGAGCGAAUAGCAAAUAGGCUUGGGGAGGUGGCCUCCAGCCCGCCUCCACCUCCACCCGACAUAUACAACAUGGGUCCAUGCCCCUGUGACGAUAACUUCAGGGGGCGAAGGGAAGCGUCCCUUCAGUCCAUUCAAGAAGAGGAUGAAGAUGAUGAUUAUCCCUUAGAUGAUUGAUCAUGUGGAAACGUUAAAUCCUUUCGCUUUUUUUUUCAGUAAUUUCUGAACUGAUAUUUUGAUUCGGCACCAUAGUUCUAACUUUUACGAAUAAAUUCAAUUUAGCUAUUUCAUACUCUUGAUAGAAUGAUGAAAUUGGGAUUGUAGUUAUACGAGAUGUCAACUAUCAGCUUUGAAAACGUUGUACUUUGAGUUU